GUGUGUGUGUGUGUGUGUGUGUGUGUGUGUGUGUGUGUGUGUGUGUGUGGGCUUGUUCGUGACUCCGCUGUUCAGACUGUAGGACUGCAGCAUCGCGGAUCUCCUAAAGAGGGGUUAGUCCGCUGGACCGUUGCACUCCCGACCUAAAGGAAUACGUUUGAAUGGAAGAAUGUGCUCGAGCAAGGUGAUGUGGACGCCUCCACGCUGUGGACGGGGGGGAACCAGGUAGAGGCUGCGGACGGCAGGUUCACCCACACCGGGCGGCCACGACGGUCACGAUGUUUUCAAAAGUGGAGUGCUGAAAAUGUGGAAUCUUGUCCUAAAAUAAGAUGCAAAGAUCAGGGCCCGUAAAUGCAUAUUUCUCUAAAUUACAGUUCUGCAGUUGACAAGGACACGAUGACUUACAGCCCUCGAGGAAGUACUGCAGAAUUUUCGAGCAGUGUUUAAAAUGUAUAAGUGUCUGGACUAGAUAUCCAAAGGAGAACUGCAAACACUGCCCUACAAGAAUGGAUUGACAAUCUAUAAAAUGUCAACAUAUAAAGAAUAUAAAGAGGAUAAAAAUCUGUGAAGAACACUGUUCAUAGUUCCUCCACAACCAGCAAGAACAACAACAGGAAGCCAAUGGGCCAGUAACGUUCAUCACAGAUCAGAAAGUACAACAUUCCUGAUCUAGAGAUGAGUGUUUCUCAGCCCAGCGAGGGUCUCCCUGUCAGGGGCAAAAGUGGAUCCACCAUGAGGCUCCCACUUCACAGUGCAGGAGACCACAACGGGAAUGCUUUCCCAAUUUCCUCCUCCUCCUCCUCCUCUUCCUCCUCCUCCUGUCUGGGGGAGUCGUCUCCAGAGUCACUGCGGAGCCUGAGCAGCCUCAGUGGGGGCCGGACUGACAGCCCACUGGACUAUGACAUGUUUGAGGUCACCCUGAUGACGACAGUGAUGACCAAAACGGACAACGUGACAGAUGUUGUCAUUGAGAAAUGGGUGCCAGAGGAGAAAAGUAAACCAGAUGACAAUGACGACGUCUCAGUGGGAAAGAUACAAACAGCGGCAGAGCUAACGGAAUCCAACGACAACUCUGUGUCUGUCUACCUGGACGCCAUCAGUGGCGAGUACCGCCAAGACACCUGGAACGACAACCUGGCGCUGGCCCUGUCCCUGGCGACAAACAGCGGUGGCUGCGGCAAUACUGAUGACCUCAGCAGCAGAAGUGGUAAUGGGAGACGGCAUGGCUCCUCAACCCCAGAUUCAGACGCUACAGAAAUCCCUGCCGAUGAUGAUGAUGACGAUGAUGAAGAGGAGGGUCUGUUUUUGUCCGUGAGCUCUGACAUGGGUGUGCGGAGAAGCAGCGUGACCCUCAUAAGCUCGGGCAGACAAUCCAGUGACAGCCUGGUGGACCCAGGUAGCUCUGCUGUGGCUCUGAGUGUAGCUGAUGAUGAGAGGUCAGAGCUGGUGUUAGAAGGGCUGGAGGUUGCCUGUCCCCUCGGUGUACCUGUGGAAGACCAGACAGAGCCUCCUGCUUGUGAGGACCUUUGUGACACCCCCCUGAGAUCAUCAUCUUCUGCUAAUCCAAGUCAAGAUGCUAAGGAAGUCACACAUUCUGCACCUGAGAAAGUUGAAUUCAGUGCAGUGGGCCCCAAACCAAACGCCAGUCAGCCAGCCAGAGCAGCUAAAUCCAAAUCAACCACUUCAACUACAACUGCUCCCAAGACAGCCGUCAAACCAUCCUCUCUGGAGGCAAAGAGAGUUUCCAAACUGGAUCUAAAAAACGUCAAGGCUAAAGUUGGGUCCCGGUCCACAUCAUCUCCAGCUAAAACACCUAGCCAGCAGAACAGAUCCAUUCCAUCCAAUGGAAAAAGAGCUGUUUCUAGGAAGGAGGAAGCACAGACUGGGGAUGGAGGUAAAAAGCAAAGAUCAUCUACAGGUCCAGUCAAAGUGGCCGUGGUGCUGAAACCCAUCAGAGGGAAGAGUAGUAACCUCACAAUCAACCACAAGACAGCAGCCGGUGACUCCUCUCAGCCAGAGAGGAAGAGUGCGGCUGUCAGUCGAACACUCUCCACUUCGACCAGCUCUCUAGGGUCUGAGGCGGUUGAGGAAGGAACCCUGGACUCUCCCAGGAAGGCUGUCCCGGAAGUGCCUGGUAAACUGGAAACAACUGAAGGUGUGGAGAAUUCCCAUCCAAGUGAAGAUGCUCAUAAAGAGUCUGUGGAGGACCAAAGGGAGGGUACUGGAAAGGCUUUAAUGACGGAGGCAGCAGUGGAGAAACCAAGGAACCAUAGCAGGAAAGUCUCCUCCAAGCUGGGGCCCAAUUCCAGGCCGCAGGGGAGAGGCAUCAGAGUGGAUAAGGGGCCCACUGGACCGGCUCCACCUCCAGGGUCAGGGACUGGAACUCCAGGACAGGGGAGCCCCGGGCCAAGGCAAACCCAGAAGGAUGGCUCCACGUUGGAGGACGGACAGGGCGCUGGUGGUGGAUCUCCAACGAGAGCGAGGCAGAGCCAAAGUCAGUGCCAGGGUAUCCCCAAACCUCGCACCACCACAGAGCGAGCAUUUGCACUGGCUGCCCCGGGUCCCAUAACAUCCAGCUCCAAACCAACAGCCAAUCAGCAGCCAGCGUUGGGGUUGGUCGGACGACCCGUAGCACCCGCGGCGUCAAAACUUCCUGUUAAGGGAUUACCCACAAGCCUCAGCUCCUCAUCUCUGGGAAGCAAUGAGAACAAUGGAGCCACAAGCAAAGCCUCUCCAGCACCAACAGGGACCAAGCCAGAAGAGCGGCCCAGCAGAAGCACUCUUCCUGCGGGCAGCCAGAGCACAGCAAAGCCCCUUGUCUCCAGCAGUGCAGCUACCACCACCACUAAUGCUCCCAGUGAGGCAGCUACCAGUGCUACCAGUGGUGUCACUGCUGCUCCAAAGCCUCCUGCAAUGAGGAGCAGAGCUCUGUCACUGCAGGCCAGGACCACUACUACAGGUCUGAAGACCCCGACAGUGACCAACAACAGCACAGCCAAGACAGCUGCCACCAAUCAAACGGCAGCAAAGACUACUCCCACUGCCACUCAGGGACUGACCAAGCAGGCGUCCCAGUAUCCCUUGCAACGAAGCGGCUCGGCAAGGCUCAGUCGACUGCACAGCACAGUGGACAAAAACAAGCCCCGGGAGGCGCUGGGGAGACCCACAAGCACCAACAGCAACUCACAGGGAGCAGCGCCCGCAGGAGGAAACAACCAGAACCAGCAGCAGCCUCCACCGGACCUGGUACCGGACGUGGUGAAUGCAAAUGCACCAGUUCUCCCAGCACCUGCCACUGAUGCCACCACCACUGGGUCAGGCACCACUGGAACCUCUGGUCUUGGGUUCAAAGCAAGAACGGGGUCACGAUCCAGCCCCAAAACAGCAUCCCGCCUCCAAAAUGCACCCAAGCCUGGCGCAGCGGUGGCGGUUGUGGCAGACGGUACGGUCCCGACUAAACAGAACCAGAGCAAAGAGCAGGCAGAGAAGAAGAACCAGACCAUCAACCAGCUGAGGAAGCUGCUCUUCCAGGGGAAUAAGAGAGUGGAGGCUCUGGCUACAGUCAUCCAACACCUCUUCUCUGAGCGCGAGGAGGCCCUGAAGCAGAAGAAGGAGCUGUCACUGGAACUGGCAAACCUGCGAGACGAGCUGGUCUCGUCGUCACAGUGCUGCAAGCAUCUGCAGAAGGAGAAGGAGGAGGUGCGCGUCAGCUUGGAGGAGGCCUUGAAGAGGCUGGAGGAGCAGCACAAGGAGGAGCUGGUGCAGCUGGAGGACAGAUUGAGGAGUUUUUACCAAACCGAGUGGGAUAAAGUCCACCAGACGUACCAGGAGGAGGCUGACAAAUGCCGCAUGUUGAUGGAGCAGCAGGUGGAGGAGCUGAGGAGCCGACAGGAAGCAGAGAGGAAGACCCAGGAAGAGAGUCACAGCCAGAAGAUGAAGUCUCUCAAACUGCAGUAUGAGACCUCCAUACAAGAGCUGAAGAGGAUCCAACAGACAGACAUGGAGAACCUUGAGAAAACACUGAAGGAGACUGAAACAGCUCUCUCUGAGAAAGUAUCUGAGCUGUCAGUAGAGAAGGAGGCUCUGAAUGAGAAGCUAAAAGCAGAGGAGGAGAGGAGGAAGCGCAUACUCAGUGACAAGAAUCUGAAGGACUCCCACACAGUGUACCUGGAGCAGGAGCUGGAGAGUCUUAAGGUGGUGCUGGAGAUCAAGAACAACCAGCUGCACCAGAAGGAGAAGAAGUUAAUGGAGAUGGACAAACUGGUGGAGACUAAUGUGAAACUGGAGGAGUGUCUGAACAAGGUCCAACAGGAGAAUGAGGACUACAGGGCCAGGAUGGACAAACACGCAGCUCUCUCAAAGCAGCUGUCCAGCGAACAGGCCAAACUCCAGCAGACGCUGCAGAAAGAGUCCAAGGUCAACAAGCGUCUGUCCAUGGAGAACGAGGAGCUGCUGUGGAAGCUGCACAACGGCGACCUGCUGGCGAGCCCCCGCCGCCUCUCGCCCACCUCGCCCUUCAGCUCACCCCGGAACUCUGCCUCCUUCCCCACAGCUGCCCCCUUAUCGCCCAGAUAACCCCGACAACGAGCGGCAACCCCCUCCUCUCCUCUGACCUCCCGACUCUCCUCACAAAGAUGUUCCAAAUACAGAGAAAGACUUAAGUGACAGCAGGCGUUGUUGGAAUAUUAACGCUGAACGUGUACAUUUGGAAUAAGUUGCAGUAAAGACGCUGAUUUCGAGAGCGAAGACAUUGCAGUGGCACCGAUGCACUCAAGUCUGAGCGUGGGACUGGCCUUGCUCUCUCGUUCUCCAAGAGACGUUUCUUCUUUUUCUGAAGAAAACCUAAAUAACAGGCACACCUCAGGGUCUGUACAUAGCGCCUCACUUUUCGUUAUGACUAUCCUUCCCUUUUUUUUUCCUUUGAUGUUGUACAGUUUAAGUUCAGUAUUUUCUUUUAUACCCUUCUUUUUAAAGGGGCAGAUGAGAGAAAACCUUGGAUUUGUGGCAUAUUUGUGGAAAUGGACUCAAACUGGUUUGGGUUUGGUAAAUCAUAAAUUGACGGGUACUACUCGGUGGAAUAGCAUGGAUCGUUUUGCCUUUUCCAUUCUUUUAAAGAGGACGUCUUUUUCCCCCAAAGAGCGAAGCUCAAUCACUGAUCUGCUUUGGACUUCUGGAAGAAGUGCAUGGUGUCCUUCUGUGGACAAACAACUGAUAGAACCUCUGAUCCAAUGGAUACCUGUUCCUCCGUGUGAGCUCCUCACAACCUCUACCUUAAUCUAAUAUGUGGAAUGUAAUCACCCUCGGAUGUUAACUCUGAGCAGUUCAGACACACACCAUCUCAGAGCCAAAUAUGCAGUUUAUUUAACAGGGAUGGUGUUGGCCAGGACAGUGUUUACCCCCCCCCCACCCCUUUUCUUUUCCCCUUAAAUCUCUCAUUACUGAAGAGAUACGACUCCCCACACAUCCUCUAAAAUCACCUCGUGUCCAAACAGGAACAAGGCAAAGCUGAACCAGCAACGGAGGGUUCAUAUCUGUCUUUGCUGUGGGUCACACAUACACAGAGAAAACUCCCAGACUCUCCUUAACUGCCAGACUCUGGCCUCUCUGUAACGGAAUCCAAAAACAAUAUCACUUUGUGUGUCUGGUGUUUUGUCCUGAAAAACCUCAAAUGUCCGCAUAUUGCCUAAGUCUACCAUGUUCUGCUUUAUUUUGGACACAGAAUAAAUACAAUAUGACAUAAGAGAAA